CGGCUCCGCCGGGGCCGAGACCCUGAGCUGUGUGAACCGCGGGUUCCGGAGGUCGCGGUCUCUCCCACGACCCGCCGAGAACGGGCCGACAGCAAUUAAAAAAAAAUGACCACACCGAACAAGACUCCUCCUGGAGCUGAUCCUAAGCAGUUGGAAAGGACAGGAACGGUGAGGGAAAUUGGAUCACAAGCUGUCUGGUCACUCUCGUCUUGCAAACCAGGGUUUGGAGUGGAUCAAUUACGAGACGACAAUCUAGAAACAUACUGGCAAUCUGAUGGCUCCCAGCCACAUUUAGUGAACAUCCAAUUCAGGAGAAAAACAACAGUGAAGACGUUGUGUAUUUAUGCAGACUAUAAAUCUGAUGAAAGCUACACUCCAAGCAAAAUCUCAGUCAGAGUAGGAAAUAAUUUUCACAACCUUCAAGAAAUUCGGCAACUUGAAUUGGUGGAACCAAGUGGCUGGAUUCAUGUUCCCCUAACUGACAAUCUUAAGAAGCCAACUCGAACUUUCAUGAUACAGAUUGCUGUCCUAGCCAAUCACCAAAACGGAAGAGACACCCACAUGAGACAAAUUAAAAUAUACACACCAGUGGAAGAAAGUUCAAUUGGUAAAUUUCCUAGGUGCACAACUAUUGAUUUCAUGAUGUAUCGUUCAAUAAGGUGACUGUGAAAUAGAAGAAAUGAGAUUAAGCAGGUCUUUGUUUUAUUCUGACUUUACAUAUCAUAUCAAAUAACUUUGUAGGGAAAAGGUAUCAGUUGUUUUGUAGUUUUGUAUACAUUUAAAAGCACUUGAACUUGAAUAAAUAGCUUUUGUGUAAA